ACAGUAAACACUUGACUUCACCUCCGACCGUGGCAGCUCCUGCGUUCGCCUCUCUGAGAGUCGUAUUUUGUUGUAUCCAGCUCUGACUUCGGAUAUAUUUAUUAGCUCAGAGGCACAUUAAACGGAAUUAGUCGUCCUCUGAGGAGAAUGUCAGAUUUCGACAGCAAUCCGUUCGCGGACCCGGACUUCAGCAACCCGUUUCAGGAUCCAUCAGUGACACAAGUGAGACCGGCGGCUCCUCCGGGGUUAGAGGAGUACAAUCCCUUCACCGAUGCCAAACCAACGCCUGCGGGCAUGGCGCCUAAACCUGCAGGCCCCACCAUGAGCACACAGCCUGCCAUCAUGAAACCCACAGAGGAGCCUCCAGCCUACUCGCAGCCUCAGGCGCAGGAGCAGUCGCGAGCAGCUGCUGAGCUGCUGAGGAGACAGGAGGAGCUGGAGAGGAAGGCUGCAGAGCUGGACCGCCGGGAGAGAGAGAUGCAGUCGCUCAGUGCUUCAGGAGGCAGGAAAAACAACUGGCCUCCCCUCCCAGAGAAGUUCCCUGUGGGUCCUUGUUUCUACCACGAUAUUACUGUGGAUAUUCCCGUAGAGUUUCAGAAGACAGUCAAAAUCAUGUACUACCUCUGGAUGUUUCAUACCGGCACGCUGCUGGCUAACUUGAUCGGCUGCCUCUCCUGGUUCCUUGUGGAUGGACAACGUGGGGUGGACUUUGGCCUAGCCAUCCUCUGGUUUAUCCUCUUCACACCGUGUUCUUUCGUAUGCUGGUACAGGCCGCUUUAUGGAGCAUUCAGGAGCGACAGCUCAUUCAGAUUUUUUGUUUUCUUCUUCGUGUACAUCUGCCAGGUUGGCGUUUAUGUUCUUCAGGCUGUUGGCAUCCCAGGUUGGGGCGCCAGCGGGUGGAUCUCAGCUUUGACCGGCCUGAAUAAAAACACCCCCGUGGGCAUUAUAAUGAUCCUCAUUGCUGCUCUCUUUACCUCACUGGCUGUCAUGUCCCUUUUCAUGUUCAAAAAGGUCCAUGGAAUGUACCGUACCACCGGCGCCAGCUUCGAGAAGGCCCAGCAGGAGUUUGCCACAGGCGUCAUGUCCAACAAGACGGUCCAGACGGCUGCCGCUAACGCCGCCACCAGGGCUGCACAGGAAACCUUCAAGGAGGAGAUCUGAUCCACGUCUCUCCGUCCAGCCCUCACCUCCCCUCUGCAUCCAUCUUCCACUUACAGCAGCCCUGUUUGAACACAUGGACAGUGGUUUAUGCGAGGCACUGCGGUUCUGUAACGUCAGUGUGAGUGAGAAAACAACCACUGAGAACAUUCAAACAGGUUCUUCUGUCUUACUCUACCUGCCCUGGCAACAUGGUGCACUCUGGGACCCCUCACCUCUGCUGCACUCUUACCACUCAACCAGCGUGCUCCACUUCAUUUUUUUUUUCUGUGUGGGUUUGUGUGCAUGUGUAAAUGAAUGUUUGUGUGCCUUUUUUUAAAUGUUGUCGCCGCCUCGAGGCCUGUCUGUCCUCUGUAGACAGAUUCUAAUGUAGCUGUACCGACUCUCUGAAGUUACCUGGGCAUUUCUCUCCAUAAACCAGCUUCCUCUGUGCCCCUGCAACACUGGCUUCCUAUGUGUUUUUGAGUUAUCAACCUAAUCACUAGUUCCUAUUUUUGACUUAAUUUAUUAUUUGAAGCCGUCUAGUACUUUUAGUUACUGCACACAUUGCAGCAUUCUAUGAUCUGUUUUGCUGUUUUCAGUGCAUAACUUAACACUGCUGACCCCUGGUGGAGUAACUUUGUAUUGCUGAAGAUGAAUGCUGUGCAUUCCAGUUCACUGCUUUGCCUUCUACUUUUUGCUUUCUUCAGAAUUGGGAUUUAGAAAGUGUGUAGUCUUAACUUCCUUAAAGUGAUUCUUCACCUAAAAUCUAAUCUUCAACCUACCAAAGCAGAAUGCUGUUUUUACUGUUGAGUAAAAUGCCAAGGAAACAUAUUUAAUUAAAAUAUAUUACAUUUACAAUAAUGCAAGAAACAGAAGAACAAAAACACAUCACUUAAGAAGUUAGUAUCAACAAAUGUUUGGCAUGAGUGGUGUGGUCUUAUCUCACCAACUAUUGGACAGAUUAGCGUGUUCAUCUCUACUGAAAUUCAUGUUCUCCAGAUGAUUGUUGCUUCCUCUAGUGCCAGCUUAAGAUUCUUUUAGUGAAAGGUCUCAACAACUAUUGGAUGGAUUGUAAUUUGUUAGACAUGCUCUAUCUUGUGUUUAGUGCUAAUUAGAAAACAUUUACAUGGUGACUAAUUUAAAAUGGUGAAUAUGGUAAAUUUUGUACCUGCAAAAAAAACUGCAUGUUAGCAUUUAGCAAAAGCUGCAAGCUUGGUUCUAAAUCACUAGUUUUGUUUCUUAAAGAAUGAUAAUUUAUCAAAAUAUAACAAUAAUAAUAUAAAUAUAAUUUCAACAAUUUUCCUGAGGUUCUACCAAAGGGAUCAAUAAAGUUCUAUCUAUCUAAAUAAUUUCAUUUUUUGUCAAUUGGCUAAACAGUUUAUCAACUAACUUACGCCACCUACAGUUGUUGUUUUCUAUCAGCUACAAAGCUACCAACCUUAAGCAGCCUCCUCUCCUGCCUUCAAACAGUGUUCGAUUUUGAGUGGAUUGUCACUUUAAUGUUUUCUCUCAAGUCCUUAUUUGCUUGAAAUCUUUUGCCUAUAUUGAUCUGCGUUUCCGUUGUGAAAUAACACCAAGUUGCACUUUAAAUCUGGACAUUAGAUUCGUUGUCUACGCGCUGCAUUCGAUGCAAAUGGAAGGAUAUUUAUAAUAAUGGCCUCAUCAACUCAUGUUGUCUACAUGCACCAGCUGAGUUCAGCUUAGUUUCUACAUGAAGCCUCCCUUUUUGUGUUGCUUCUUCAAAAAAGACAUAAAUGAAUGACACCUUAAGUAAGAGAUCCACUAUUCUCUGUAUACAGCUGCAUGUUUAUACAGUUUCUUUGAAGAGGAAAGUGUAACUCGUCUCCGGCUGUUCUUGCGUGCUGGAGAUUUACCUCAGCUUUACUCAGGAUACUCUUCACUUGCAUGACGAGGUUAGACAAGACUGUAAAAAAAUUCAACUGGCCUCUGGUUUUAAAAACGUGUUGUAAAUCAGUAUAUUGCAAUAAAAAUGACUUCAAAAGACGACAACAAUGGCCGGUAAUGUUGAUGUGAUUUGUGAUAAUCGCUUGCUUAUUCAUAAAUUAAAGAAUAUGGUUGAACUAUCACUGAACUCCAGCAAACCCACAAUCAAAUCUGUUCUCUUUCUUGAUCAUAUUUGACAUCAGCAAACAUUUUUCAAUGCAUUUCACCUGCUAAAAUGUCUCUGAAUGUGUCUUUUUCUACAUGCUGUAUGAGCUGCAGAGCAGUUUCCACUGUUUGAAUGUGUGCAAUCACUCUGUCUGUUGGGUCUCAAGUCUGAACCAGUUAAGUGUUCGUAUGUGUGUGGUGUGUAGGAGUGUAAAUAGGGGGAAUUUGGCCUUUAAGUCUUAAUCUGUGUGCAGGGCAGAGUCUGGCUGUGGGUCUGGGAUCCUUCUUGACUUCUAGAGACAUUAUUUCAAAUCAGUUAAGACUUUCUGCUUUUUGUUUUCCUCACUGGAUUCAUUCAGACCAGUACAUGUUUAUGCCUAAAGUACAGAUACAAACAAAGCAGCUUGAGAUUAUUCCUGAAAAGAAUCCAGACUGAAUGGCACCUGCAGAUUUUUCCUGUUAUUUUUGACUCUGUUAAAAAUAAAGUGAGAAAUGUGUUAGACUGCAAUGCAAUGUGAACUGUGUGAUGUACUGUAGACAGACUGUGGCUUCAAGCUUUAUAAUCAUCAUGAUGUGCGGUCAAAACACUGAAAGUUAAAUGGAAAAAGUCUGUAAGCAUCUCUAACAAUUGAGGUUUAUUGAAAUGAUCGAGGAUAAAUAUUAAGGGAUGUUUGUAUAUUUUGUACGAUUUACAGAUGGUUGGUUAUUUGCUCUAAAUUUUGGUGUAAUUUUAAGAUGCACUCUGGUUUCACCUACAGUCGCAUGUUGAGUAGUUUGAGUUUUGUAUAUUUAUUGUAUUAACACUAAAUAAAAUUCUUCUUCUGUA